AUGCGUCAGCGCAUUGCCAACUCUGGUGCUGCCGUUGAAAUCGAUGCCUUCGAGUCUGAAGACACGUGCAUCUCGCGCGAGGAGCUGCUCAAGCGUGUGAAGGGGUGCUCGGGGAUCUUCUGCCUGUACACGGAUACGAUUGACGAGGAGCUGCUCGACGCUGCGGGCCCUUCGCUGCGUGUGGUCUCGGACCACGCCUGCCGAGCGCGUAAGAUUCACGUGGGACACACCCUUGGCGUGCUGGACGUAGCUGUAGCAGAGACUGCAGUGGCGCUGACCUUCGCUACCAAGCGUCGGAUCCUCGAGUGCGCUGCGAGCGCCAAGAACGGAGAGUGGGGAGUCUGGCAGCCGUUCCAGUACUGCGGCACCGACGUCACGGGCAGCACCGUGGGCGUUGUGGGGCUCGGGCGCAUCGGUGCAACCUACGCUGGUAUGCUCAAGAAUGGUUUCAACUGCAAGAUCCUCUACACGGGACCGCGCGAGAAGCCCGAGGUGGCCAAGUCGCUCGGUGGCGAGCCGGGCUCCGUCGAGUACGUGGACAUGGAGACGCUGCUGCGUGAAAGCGACAUUGUGAGUCUCCACCAGCUGCUGACCGAGGCAACUCGCGGCAGUAUUGGUGCAAAGGAGCUCGCUCUCAUGAAGCCAAACGCCGUCUUGAUCAACACUGGUCGAGGCGAGUUGGUGGACCAAGACGCGCUCGUGGAGGCGCUCAAGAACAAGCAGAUCGCGGCUGCCGGCUUGGAUGCGACAACUCCCGAGCCGCUGCCUCCGUCGCACCCACUGUUCUCGCUUGAGAACUGCAUCGUGCUGCCUCACGUGGGGUCUGCCUCGACCAAGACCCGCCAGGUGAUGGCGCAGAUCGCUGUGGAUAACGUGCUGGCUGGAGUCACGGGGAGGAGCUCCCGCACUCGCCCUAGAUAG